AAUUAAUGGCCACUAAAUUUGGAUAAUGAAACCGUAAGUAUGACCGCACCCGCCGACGGUGUUUGCUGUUGAAUUUACCAACUGUUGUUAGUGUGACAUAAUUAAAAGCAGGUGAAUGCCAAAUAAAAAAGUCCAAAAUGGAGAAUAAUUCAUUAAGUACAUCAUAUCCCACCAUAAGUGCUGAAGUAAAUAAGGUAUCUGAUGCUGAGCCAUUUCCAUCUGAGAGGGGCAAAUCUCCUGUUCAGUCCUGGAUACGAUUUGAAGAUGAAAAUGCUGAAGAAGCCGUAGCUACUAUAGUACCAACACAGACUAUACAGGUCGACAGUGUUCUCAAUACCUCACAUCCUUUAUCUGAAACUUUAAAUUCAUCAGAUUUUGAAUCAUUUGGUGACUCAAAGCAUGUCAUUGAAAGGUCCUCUUCACCCCAUUCGAGUUUUACAACUGAUAGAGCAUCUCCAAAGAGUGCUUUACCUCCUCCUCCAGCUCCAUCAAGACCUGUACGAAAGUCUCCAUCUGAGACUAUACCGUCCAGCAGAAGUUCUUGUCCUCCUGAUGUUGGACAAGAUAAUGGUCACACUAUGCAAAAUAUACCAUUGUCCGAAAAUGCCCAUCAUCAUCAUCAAAGGCAGACUAAUAGUCAUGGUAUAAGCCAGGGUUUUAAUAAUGGUGAUGCCAUAGUGACUUUACUUCCAGUGAAUAACCGAUGUCCAUGGAUAACUAAAGCACAAUUUAAACCAGAACUUGUUCCUGAAGAAUUAAUGGCCCAAGGUCUAACGUUAACUGUUGAAGACUAUGUAAUGGCUAUGCAAGUACUAGUAAAUGAUGUCCGUUUUAAUUUAUAUAAUGUAUGCUACAAAAGGGUUCUUAUUUUAUGGAUAAUGCUUGGUUUUGUCAUACUACUGUCACUCUUAUUUUCUGGUGUUCGUGGUUUGGCAUUAUUUGGUGGAGGCAUUGUUUGGCUCAUCGUAAAUGCUGUUGGGAUAUUCGUCUGUAUGUGGUUAAAGAUAAAACUUUAUCGUAUGUUAGAACAGUGCAUGGCUAGUGUAAAUGCUCUUAUGUACAAACAUCGGAUUUUACUUGGUUUAGAUGACAGAGGUAAAAUAUCGUGUCACAAAGUGAAUCUAAUUUUUGUGUACUUUGAUGUUACCUACUGCAUAAAAUAUUUGAAAGACAUGCUUGAAAAUGAAGAACGACUUACCUUACAAGAGAAUGCUCCUACUGAGCCGAAAAGCACUCAGUCAACUAUUGAUCAGUCCAGAAUGGAUAUUGAUACAUCUGAUAUUAUCAUCACUGGCAGCAGCAAUACUCGAGUAUGCCAGAAAGAGAAAUAUGCAGAAAAGCUGUUCUUACGAUACAGCCAACGAUGGGUAAAAGAAUUUGUUCGAAAGCGUUUGGAUUUGAGGUUACCUUUGCAUCCCGAUGGUACACUUGAAACUGGGCCUCCUGCUCCUCCACGCCAUUGUGCAAGUGCAAGAUGUCCAUGCCAGUUUAUUGAAGAACACUUGCGCUUCAAACCCAAUUCCAAAUGUAAUAUUAGGGAGCUAUUUUCAUAAGAGCCACUCUAAGGAUUUGGAAUUCUUUAAUAUGCCCCUAUAUUACGAAUGUUUUAAUUGUAUAUAUGGCAUAAUUUCCCAUCAUAGGCCACUGGAAUUCCAAUUUUAACUACAGUAUUUAAAUUACAAUGCACAGAAGCAUUGCAGGAAGUAUUUCCUGGGCUAUAUGAUGCCACAUAUUUAAUAUAUAUAAUACGAUUUUAAUUUGUAAUUUGUAAUAUUUAGUUUAUAUGCCUUGAUUUCUAGUGAUAAGAGAAAUUGUGUUGUGGGCUGCUGAAUCAUCGUGCAAGCUCAGACAACAUUCUGUACCUGGGAGAAAACUUAUGCACAUUUGUUCUUUUUUGGUAAACACUGAAUUUGUAGAAUAUUUUAAUUAUAACCUGUUGCUGUUGAAAUU